AUUGCCGUCAAAGUCCUCAACAGUUCUAAGGGAGAUGGGGAAGAGUUCCUAAAUGAAGUGCGAAAGAUGGGUCAUAUCCACCACAUCAACGUGGCUCACUUGGUUGGAUUUUGUGCUGAUGGAUUUGUACGAGCUCUUGUUUACGAGUUAUUCCCCAAUGGUUCCCUGCAAGAUUUCAUUUCAUCUGCAGAUAUUAAGAAUUCCUUCCUUGGUUGGGAUAAGCUGCAAGAUAUUGCCCUAGGCAUAGCCAAAGGAAUUGAAUAUCUUCACCAAGGAUGUGAUCAACGAAUCCUCCAUUUCGAUAUCAAACCCCAUAAUGUUUUGCUAGACCAAAACUUCACUCCAAAAAUUUCUGAUUUUGGUUUGGCCAAGUUAUGCUCUAAGGAUCAAAGCAUGGUGUCUAUCACUACAGCUAGGGGGACCAUGGGCUACAUUGCACCUGAAGUGUUAUCCAGGAAUUUCGGAAAUGUGUCUUACAAGGCAGAUAUCUAUAGCUUUGAAAUGAUGCUGCUUGAGAUGGUAGGAGGAAUGAAGAAUAUUGGUUCAACCACAGAGAACACCACAAAUGAAAUUUACUAUCCCCAAUGGAUUUAUAAUCUUUUAAAGGAAGAGGAUGACCUACGAAUCCAUAUUGGGGAAGAAGGAGAUGGUAAAAUUCCUAGGAAACUUGCAAUUAUAGGGCUAUGGUGUAUUAUGUGACACCCGGUAGAACAUCCUUCCAUGAAAAUAGCGGUUCAGAUGUUAGAAGGAGGAGGUGAAAACUUGACCAUACCGCCUAGUCCCUUUGUGCCUACAACUAGAAAUAUAAGCAUUCCGGCAAGACAACUAGAGUUGGAAGCAAUUGCUGAACUAGAGUAGAAUGUAAAUGCAUAUAUAUAGAGGCCCUUAAAGAUCCCCAUUUUUUGAAGAAAAAGAAAGGCCCUUAGUUGUGAAACCUACUUCACAUUCAACUUCUACGAUCUAAACGGUUUAUAUUGUAAGUUUC